AUGGGACGACGAAUUCACUUUGUGGUUGACCCUCAGGGUUGGUGCUGCAUGGGCCUGAUUAUCUUUGUCUGGCUGUACAAUACAAUCUUCAUUCCAAAAGUCAUCCUUUUUCCUCACUAUGAAGAGGGACAUAUUUCAGUUGUGGCAAUUUUGUGUUAUUACUUCUGCUCAUUCUUUUGUAUAGCUUCAUUACUAAGAGCCUCAGUAGCUGAUCCAGGAAAGCUACCUGAAAACCCAAAGAUACCAAUUACAGAACGAGAAUAUUGGGAAUUAUGUAACAAAUGCAAUAUGAUGAGACCAAAGCGUUCACACCAUUGCAGUCGUUGUGGACAUUGUGUGAGGAGGAUGGAUCACCACUGCCCAUGGAUUAAUAAUUGUGUUGGUGAAGACAAUCACUGGCUAUUUUUACAGCUGUGUUUCUACACCCAGAUCCUUAGUUCCUAUACACUGAUACUCGAUUUCUGCCAUUACUACUACUUUUUGCCUCUGAAAAAAGAAAACUGGGAUGUUUUUGUAUUUAGACAUGAACUUGCUCUCCUAAGAGUAUCUGCCUUCAUGGGUCUAAUAAUAUUAGGUGGAAUAAGUGGACUCUUUUACACUCAGCUAAUGGGUAUUUUCACUGACACUACAAGUAUAGAAAAAAUGUCAAACUGUUGUGAAGACACAUUGAGGCCCCGAAAGCCAUGGCAGCAGACCUUCUCAGAAGUUUUUGGCACUCGAUGGAAGAUCCUGUGGUUUAUUCCUUUCAGGCAGAGGCAACCACUGCGAAUUCCCUACCACUUUGCCAAUCACAUCUGA